AUGUGCCAAACCUCUAGGCAAAUCACGGUGACCGUGUCGAGGGCACACAGCGACGAGCCGGAUCUGCUGUCGCUCGAGGUGUACCCUGAAAUGACCGUCGAGACGCUCCAGAGUUCCAUCGAAGCCGAGACCUCGAUCCCGCCGAGUGCGCAGCACCUGUACCACGAUGGCAACCUCAUCACCGACAAAGCACAGACUCUCGAGGCCCUCCAUGUGACCAACGGGGACAUGAUUGCUAUGCACAUCCGCGAGCCCAGAAACCCGGGCGCUGGCUCUGGCGCAAGAGCUUCGCAGCAGGCCGGCGGCGCGGCGGCAGCGGCAGGCACCCGGCAGCGGCAGCCGGGCGAGCCAGACCCCGAAGUGAUUCGACUGCAGAUCUUGGGCGACCCGCGCCUGCGGGAAGAGGCCAUACGGCAGCAGCCACAGCUUGCAUCCGUGAUUGACGACCCGCAGCUGUUCGCCCAGUUCUUCAACAACAACUACGACCGGGAACGGCGCGAGCGUCAGGACCGCCAACGCCAGAUUGCACAAUUAAACGCGGACCCAUUCGAUAUCGAGGCACAGGCGCGCAUUGAAGAAAUCAUCCGGCAAGAGCGUGUGAUGGAAAACCUCCAGAAUGCAAUGGAGCACAACCCAGAAGACGUGGAGGUGAACGGAUACAAGGUGAAGGCCCUCGUCGAUUCGGGCGCGCAGGCCACCAUCAUGUCUCCGGGCUGCGCCGAGGCUUGCGGCAUCAUGCGGCUUGUGGACAAGCGUUUCGCGGGUGUGGCGCGUGGUGUCGGAACGGCCACGAUCAUCGGCCGUGUGCACUCCGCACAGAUCAAGAUCGGCAGCCUCUUCUUGCCUUGCAGCUUCACUGUGAUGGAGGGAAAGUCGGUCGACCUGCUUCUCGGCCUGGAUAUGCUAAAGCGCUAUCAAGCAUCCAUUGACUUGGCCAAGGACCGCCUGAUUAUCCAGGAUGUCGAGAUCCCCUUCCUCGGCGAGGCGGACAUUCCCAAGGACUCGGAGGAGGCACUGGCCGAGGAGCCAACGUUUCCCGGCCCCAGCGGAACGACAAUCGGUCAGCGCUCGGGUGUCGUUUCUGGGCCAGAGGGUCAAGAGGGCUCGAGCGCAGAAGCGGCACAAGUACCGCCUGCAGCACCAGCAGCCGCCUCAGCGCCAGCUCGGCCUCAGCCUCAGACGCAGACUCAGCAGCAGCCGCUCCCCGCGCAACACCCGCACAAGCUGCUGCACGCUCGCCGCAGCCACCUGCCGCAGGCGGUGCCUCAUUUCCAGAAGAAGAUGUUCAGCAACUGA